AUGCCACCGACGCUGAUCAGCAUCUGCUAUCAUCCUCUGCUGUACUGCUCUGUUGCCGUGCUCGUGGACCGCCGUGAAGCACCAUGGCUCAUGGCUAUAGUGCAGAGCUCUCAGAACUAUUACAUGGUCAUGGGCCAGAGGUUGUGGAACUUGGAGCUGGCCUGGCGGCUAUUCCAUCAUCAGGUAGCCGUCCGGGAGCAAGAGACGGAUGCCUGGGCUAUGGCGGACAGCGAGUCGGACAGCGAGUCGACAUCGGACUCCGACGAUUCGUCCACGGCUAUGGUCGCGAACACGCGGGACCACAUGCUCGGGCAAAUUGGUUGGUGA